AUGGCGCAGGAUCGCUCGUCCUCUCCCAGCGAGACGCAGUCAGCCGUGGUGGAAGAAAAUGGGAUCGACGAGCUCAGGAAGAAUUACAGCUACACAUCAUCCGUAGAGAUAACGCGGGAGAAGACCAUCACGUCAACUCGCAAUGAUGUCGAGCGCGUGGGAUCGGAGCCUUUGGUGGCUAACAUGGAAGAGAUGGCACUGAAAGCACUUCAUAUCGACGACGACCCCAUGCUGAAUCCAUGGACUUUCAGAGUCUUCUUUCUCGAGAGUGUGUCGGUGUCAAUCAUUUUUCUGACAGUCAUCUCUUAUGUGGGAGGAGUCGCGCUCGAGACCAUCAUUCCCCAGAAGGGAUUUGUUGGCAGAUGGUUCAACCCCCAUGCUUUCAACUCCAAAGAGCACCUUGCUAUCGUGAUAAUGUCGAGCAGCGCAAGCGGGGCUGCAUACGCGACAGAAGUUCUAUCAGCCCAAAAGCUGUACUAUAACGUCGUCCCGGGCCCCGUUGUCGCGAUCCUCCUGCUAUUUUCAUCUCAGCUACUCGGAUACGGCAUGGCUGGGGUCCUCCGCAAAAGCUUGGUCUAUCCCACGAGAAUGCUCUGGCCUUCUGUACUACCUCUGAGCACGUUGAUCGAAACACUCCACCGAGAAAGGGCCGAGAUGAAGAAGAAAUUCAACUUCUUCUGGAUCAUUUUCGGCAUCGUGGCUAUUUGGGAACUAUUCCCUCAAUACGUCAUGCCCCUCCUUGUUGGGGUGUCUGUUUUCUGCCUUGCGCAACGAAACAGCCUUCUCAUCACGAAUGUCUUCGGAGGCUCCGCCGGCAACGAGGGUCUGGGACUACUGUCACUCUGCUUUGACUGGCAAUUUGUCACUACAUCAUGCUUCUAUCUUCCUCUCCAGACUCUAACCAACGGCUUCAUUGGAUAUCUGGGCUGCAUCGGCCUUUUCCUCGGAAUGUACUACGGUAAUGUCUGGGAUGCAUUGAAGUUCCCUUUCCUGUCUCAACAGCUAUUCUCGACCAACUCGUCCUCGACCCUCUUUGAGAUUUACAAUCAGUCUGCGAUCCUUGACUCAAAUUUCGAGCUGGACAGGAAUGCACUAGAAGCUCAGGGCUUACCUUUCUUUUCCGCUACAAAUGGUGCCUAUCUUCUGACAACAAACUUGGGCAUCACUGCAACUAUAACUCACAUCCUGCUCUGGAACCGUGAUGCUGUCCGGAGCGCCUUUGAUUUCGAUUUCAAAUCUACAUUGACAUACGUCAAAAAUCCCAGCCUCCUGUGGAAAAGAAAGUCCGCACCGGUAUCUGAAGCCGAGCUUGAUCCUCACUACCGGCUGAUGCUCGCGUAUAAAGAAGUCCCUGCGUGGUGGUACCUACUCAUUCUGCUCGCGUCCACGAUCACAGGCAUCGCCUGUAUAUACGUCCUCGGGUCAACACUCCCAUGGUGGGGCUUCAUUAUCGCUAUUACUCUCUCGUUCCUCGGAACACUAUUUUUCGGCGCGAUGUCGGGACUUCUCGGAUUCCAGGCGCAGGCCCUCGGACUAGUGGGCAGUCUGAAACUAGGACAGUAUGGAAAGUUGAGCCCGCGGUGUACCUUCGCUAUGCAAAUUAUCGGCACGCUGUUUGGUGCUAUUAUCAACUAUAUCCUCAUGACCGCCAUCACAACAAACCAGAGGGAUAUUCUUCUGAGUAUACAAGGGACAAACAUCUGGUCCGGCCAAGUAAUACAGUCUUUCAACUCAAAUGCUAUCGCAUUCGGGGCUUUGUCUGAAUUCAUGUUCUCAAUUGGUCGAACCUACACAUGGAUUGUCCUCGCACUUCCCCUCGGCUUCCUCUUUCCACUGCCAUUCUACUUUUUGCAUCGUCGCUUUCCAACUUUUGGUUUUGAUUAUUUCGUCACACCGGUCUUGUUGUGGUAUCUCGGCUACUUGUCCGUCGGUAUCAACUCGUCAGUUGGUAUCUACUUUGCCAUUGGCUUCUUCGUUCAGUUCUGGGUCCGGAAGAAGCAUCCCGAAUGGUUCAUCAAGUACAAUUACUUGUUAGCUGCGGCGAUCAGCGGCGGCACCGAACUUCUCGUCUUCGUAACCACUUUCGCGGUCCAGGGCGCCAGCGGCAAAGCCGUCGAGUUCCCUCCUUACUGGGGAAAUAAUUUCCAAUCGGGCAAUCCCGAUUACUGUGCCCAGAACCCAGCUUUGGGUUCAUGA